UGAAACUUAAAUAAAGCGGAAAUAUCUGUAGGAUGAAAACAUGGCCGCGCCCGGUCUCGCACCCCCAGGACCUGACAGCUUCAAGCAGUUCACCCCCGAGUCGCUCCGUAAUAUCGAGGAGCGCCAAUUCCAGGAGAAGAUCAAGAAGAAGCCCAAGCCCAAGUCGGACAGCAGUCACCGCGAGGAAGAAGAGGAAGAACCCAUGCCCAACGGUGAUCUGGAGGCUGGGAAGUCCCUUCCCUUCAUCUACGGGGACAUUCCUAAUGGGCUGGUGGCGGUACCACUGGAAGACUUGGACCCCUAUUAUAUAAAUGAGAAAACGUUUAUAGUCCUAAACAAAGGGAAAACAAUCUUCCGCUUCCACGCCACGGACUCCUUGUACGUCAUCAGCCCUUUUAGUCUCUUUAGGCGAAUAGCAAUUAAGAUUUUGAUACACUCGGUAUUCAGUAUGAUCAUCAUGAGCACCAUUUUGACCAACUGUGUUUUCAUGACGUUUAGUGAUCCUCCAGAAUGGAACAAGAUAGUAGAGUAUACCUUCACAGGUAUCUACACCUUCGAAUCGCUUACCAAGAUUGUGGCGCGAGGCUUUUGUAUAGACGGGUUCACUUUUCUACGAGAUCCAUGGAACUGGCUGGACUUCAUGGUGAUCUCUAUGGCAUAUGUAACAGAAUUUGUGGACCUGGGGAAUGUCUCGGCGCUGAGAACGUUCAGGGUUCUCCGAGCAUUGAAAACUAUUUCAGUCAUUCCAGGACUCAAGACCAUCGUCGGUGCUCUAGUUCAAUCGGUGAAGAAAUUGUCAGACGUUAUGAUCCUCACGGUCUUCUGUCUCAGUGUCUUCGCCUUGAUUGGACUACAGCUCUUCAUGGGCAACCUGCGGCAGAAAUGUGUCAUCUGGCCAUUCAACUCCACUGAGAACUUCCUGGCCAAUGGCAGUAAGGGCUUCGACUGGAACGAAUACAUCAUGAGCGAGAGGAACUUCUAUUUCAUUCCUGGGCAGCUGGAUGCUCUACUGUGUGGAAACAGCUCGGACUCAGGGCGGUGCCCUGAGGGCUACACGUGUAUGAAGGCCGGGAGAAACCCAAACUACGGGUACACCAGCUUUGACAGCUUCGGCUGGGCCUUCCUCACUCUCUUCCGCCUCAUGACCCAAGACUUCUGGGAGAACCUCUACAUGCUGACACUGCGAGCGGCAGGGAAAACCUACAUGAUCUUCUUUGUGUUGGUGAUCUUCGUUGGAUCCUUCUACCUGGUUAAUCUGAUUCUGGCUGUGGUGGCCAUGGCCUAUGAGGAGCAGAACCAGGCAACAAUAGAGGAGGCAGAGCAGAAAGAGGCAGAGUUCAAAGCCAUGCUGGAGCAGAUCAAGAACCAGCAGGAGGAUGCACAGGCUGCUGCCAUGGCGACCUCAGCGGGCAUGGUGUCGGAGGGCGACGGGGUGGAGGGGGGCGAUGCAACGGAGGGUGGAGGUCACCUAUCCCGUAGCUCCUCUGAUGCGUCCAAGCUCAGCUCCAAGAGCGCCAAAGAUCGACGCAACCGCAAGAAGAAAUCACGUCAGAAAGAGGAGGAGAAGAAAGAGAAGGGGGAGAAAGGCGAGAAGGUCGACCAUGAGAAGCACGUUAAGUCCGAGUCGGACGAUGGCAGCAGGAGGAGCAUCUUCCGUUUCCCAGGCAACCGGCUGGGACGCAAGUCGUCCAUCAUGAACCAGUCUCUCCUCUCCAUCCCAGGCUCGCCCUUCAUGUCGCGCCACAACAGCCGCAGCAGCAUCUUCAGCUUCAACAAGGGCCGCCCUCCCAAGGACGUGGGCUCGGAGAACGAGUUUGCCGACGACGAGCACAGCACGGUGGAGGAGAGUGAGGACCGCCGGGGCUCCCUGUUCAUCCCCUACCGCCGCAGCAGCUACAGCGGCUACAGCCAGGGCUCGUCGCGCCUCAUCAACCCACUAGCGCCCCACAUUGGAGGGAAAAGGAACAGCACGGUGGACUGCAAUGGCGUAGUGUCACUCAUCGCUCACCAGCCCGGCGGGAGCCUUCUGCCUGAGACCACAGAGGUGGAGGGGAAGAAUAAACACUCGGGCUCCCUGAUGGUCUCUGUGGACCAGCUCAACCGCAACAAGGACCGGACCAACAGUGUGAUGAGCGUGGCCACACAUACACACUCACAUACUCUGCUGGAGGAGCUAGAAGAUUCUCAAAGGGCAUGUCCAUCAUGGUGGUAUAAGUUUGCCAACCUCUUCUGUGUGUGGGACUGCUUUCCGUUCUGGCUGAAGAUCAAGUAUGUGCUCAACCUGAUCGUCAUGGACCCUUUUGUAGAUCUGGCUGUCACCAUCUGUAUCGUCCUCAACACCCUCUUCAUGGCCAUGGAGCACUACCCCAUGACUCCUCGCUUUGAUGAGACGCUGUCAGUGGGCAAUCUGGUUUUCACUGGUAUCUUUGCUGGUGAGAUGUUUGCCAAGCUGGCUGCCAUGGAUCCAUACUACUACUUCCAGGAGGGCUGGAAUUGUUUUGACAGCUUCAUCGUGACCCUCAGUUUAGUCGAGCUGGUAUUAGCUGACAUUGAGGGUCUGUCUGUGCUCAGGUCAUUCCGAUUGCUGAGAGUGUUUAAGCUGGCCAAGUCGUGGCCCACACUCAACAUGCUCAUCAAAAUCAUUCAUUCUUCUGUGGGAGCCCUGGGAAACUUGACCUUGGUGCUGGCCCUUAUCGUCUUCAUCUUCGCCGUGGUUGGCAUGCAACUGUUUGGAAAGAACUACAAGGACUGUGUUUGUAAGAUCGCAAUAAGCUGUAAGCUGCCCCGUUGGCACAUGAAUGACUUCUUUCACUCAUUUCUCAUGGUGUUUCGAGUUCUGUGCGGGGAGUGGAUCGAGUCCAUGUGGGACUGCAUGGAGGUGGCCGGCCAGAACAUGUGCAUGAUCGUCUUCCUGAUGGUCAUGGUUAUAGGCAACUUGGUGGUGUUGAACCUUUUCCUUGCCUUGUUGCUGAGCUCGUUCAGCGCAGACAACCUGGCACCUUCAGACGAUGAUGGAGAACAGAACAACCUGCAAAUAGCCGUCGGUCGAAUAAAGACGGGGAUUGCCUGGGCCAAGGUCUUUGUAGCCGAGGUUAUGAAGAAGGAGGAGGAAGAAGCAGAGGAUGAGCAGAAGCAUCUUGAUGAGUUUGACGAGAAGCUUAACUGCAUCGCAAACCAGAAGGGCAUAGACAUCAACCGCGAGCUGGACUACAUCAAUGGCACUACCAGUGGUAUUGGCAGCAGCGUGGGCAAGUACAUGAUCGACGAGGACCACAUGUCUUUCAUCCACAAUCCCAACCUGACCGUGUGCGUUCCCAUUGCGGUCGGGGAGUCAGACUUCGAUAAUCUCAACACCGAGGACUUCAGCAGCGAGUCGGAUGUGGAGAACAGCAAAGACAAACUGGAUGACACUAGCUCUUCGGAGGGCAGCACCAUAGACAUCAAGCCUGACGUGGAGGAAGUGGUGGUGGUGGAGGUUGUGGAGGAGUUCCUGGACCCAGACGCCUGCUGGACAGAUGAAUGUGUUGCCAAGUAUAAGUUUUUGUACUUGCCCAUCGAUCAUGGCUGGGGGAAGCACUGGUGGUUCCUGAGGAAGACAAGCUACCUGAUUGUGGAGCAUAACUGGUUUGAGACCGUCAUCAUCUUCAUGAUCCUUCUCAGUAGCGGGGCGUUGGCCUUUGAGGAUGUGUACAUAAAUAAGAGGAAGACCAUUAAGAUUAUCCUGGAGUACGCAGACAGCGUGUUCACCUAUAUCUUCAUCCUGGAGAUGGUGCUCAAAUGGGUGGCCUAUGGCUGGGUCAAAUACUUCACCAAUGCCUGGUGUUGGCUGGACUUCUUCAUUGUGGAUGUGUCUAUAAUCACUCUUAUAGCUAAUGCGAUGGGCUACUCCGAUCUAGGGCCCGUUAAAUCACUACGGACAUUGAGGGCAUUGAGGCCCCUUAGGGCCCUGUCUCGUUUUGAAGGGAUGAGGGUGGUGGUGAAUGCCUUGGUGGGAGCCAUCCCCUCCAUUAUGAAUGUGCUGCUGGUGUGCCUCAUCUUCUGGCUCAUCUUCAGUAUCAUGGGGGUCAACCUGUUUGCAGGGAAGUAUUACUACUGCUUCAACGAGACCUCAGAGGAGUACUUUAAACCGGACGUUGUCAACAACAAGACAGAGUGCUUUGCACUAAUCAACGCAAAUUACAGUGAGGUCAGAUGGAAGAAUGUCAAGAUUAACUUUGACAAUGUGGCUGCAGGAUACCUGGCACUUCUACAAGUGGCCACGUUUAAAGGCUGGAUGGACAUAAUGUAUGCCGCCAUUGAUUCUCGGAAGGUGGAGGAUCAGCCGAUCUAUGAAGACAACAUCUACAUGUAUAUCUACUUUGUUGCCUUCAUCAUCUUUGGCUCUUUCUUUACCCUCAAUCUCUUCAUUGGUGUCAUCAUUGACAACUUUAACCAGCAAAAGAAAAAGUUUGGAGGUCAGGAUAUAUUCAUGACAGAGGAGCAGAAGAAAUACCACACUGCCAUGAAAAAACUUGGCUCAAAAAAACCACAAAAACCUAUACCAAGACCAUUGAAUAACUUUCAGGGCCUGGUAUUUGACUUCGUGACGCAGCAGGUGUUUGAUAUAUCUAUUAUGAUGUUGAUCUGCCUCAACAUGGUGACCAUGAUGGUGGAGACGGACGAUCAGUCAGAAGAAACUGACAAUAUCCUCUACUGGGUCAACUUUGUCUUCAUUGUUAUUUUUACUACUGAGUUUGUGUUAAAGCUCUUUGCCCUUCGCCACUACUACUUCACCAUUGGGUGGAACAUCUUUGACGUGGUUGUGGUCAUUCUCUCAAUUGUUGGCAUGUUCCUCGCAGAUAUCAUUGAGAAGUACUUUGUCUCUCCAACCCUCUUCAGGGUGAUCCGACUGGCCCGAAUCGGCAGAAUCCUGCGUCUGAUCAAAGGGGCCAAGGGCAUUCGGACUUUACUGUUUGCUCUGAUGAUGUCACUUCCUGCCUUGUUCAACAUCGGGUUGUUACUCUUCCUGGUUAUGUUCAUCUUCUCUAUCUUUGGCAUGUCUAACUUUGGCUAUGUCAAGCAUGGGGCAGGAAUCGACGACAUGUACAACUUUGAGACAUUUGGCAACAGCAUGAUCUGCCUGUUUAUGAUCACCACAUCUGCCGGCUGGGACGGUUUGUUGUUACCCAUCCUCAACUACCCCCCAGACUGUGACCCACAACUGGAGAACCCAGGUGCACCAAAUACGGGCGACUGCGGCAACCCCUCGGUUGGGAUUUUCUUUUUUGUCAUGUAUAUUAUUGUCUCCUUCCUAAUCGUGGUCAACAUGUACAUUGCCAUCAUCCUUGAGAACUUCGGCGUUGCAACUGAAGAGAGUGCCGACCCGCUCAGCGAAGACGACUUCACGACCUUCUACGAAAUAUGGGAGAAGUUCGACCCAGACGCCUCGCAGUUCAUCACCUAUGGCAAGCUUGGUGACUUUGCAGACUACCUCGAGCACCCGCUCCGUGUUCCAAAGCCCAACACCAUAGAGCUGAUCUCCAUGGACUUGCCCAUGGUGAGCGGGGACCGGAUCCACUGCCUCGACAUUCUGUUUGCAUUCACCAAACGGGUACUAGGCGAUACCGGAGAGCUGGACAUGCUAAGGGAUCAAAUGGAACAACGCUUUAUUGCGGCGAACCCGUCCAAAGUGUCUUAUGAGCCUAUUACUACUACUCUGAGGCGCAAGCAGGAGGACGUGUCGGCCAAAAUCAUACAGCAGGCCUACCGAAACUACCUGGCUAGACGCGGCUUCAAACGCAAGCGCAGACCUGCCAGUAACAAUAAUGUGAAGAAUGGGGGGACGAAUCCAGAAAAGGAAAAGAAGGAGGGUACGCCCUCCACUGCCUCUCUCCCCUCCUAUGACAGUGUAACCAAACCUGACAAGGAAAAACAGGAUGAGAACGAAGGAAAGGGAGGGAAGAAGGAGGCCAGAAACCAAAAAGCCGUCAGGGAAUCUAAGUGUUAG